AUGGAAUGGACACUGCGAACUGAUUGGCAGGCGUCCCCGCCGGUAGCAACCAUUCUGACCCACAUCUACGACGCCUCCCCGGAAUUCCGCAUAGACCUCUGCCAACUUUUUCCGCCCGGGUGGACCAACCCGGGCCUCAUUUUGGCAAACGUAAANCUCACCAUGGAAUGGACACUGCGAACUGAUUGGCAGGCGUCCCCGCCAGUAGCAACCAUUCUGACCCACAUCUACGACGCCUCCCCGGAAUUUUGCAUAGAUCUCUGCCAACUCUUUCCGCCCGGGUGGACCAACCCGGGCCUCAUUUCGGCGAACAUCCCGGCUCAGCGCAUCCCUGAUGCUCACACACAGCGGGCCCCGGACCGGGCCGCUGGCCGACCCUCAUCCAGCCGCUCAUUUACACUAGUAUCUGCAGUUUUUGAAGUCCUUAACAGGACCAAUCCAAAUAUUACCAAAACCUGCACCUUUUGGAUGCAAGAGAUCUUGGGCUUGAUCCGGCAUGAUGGGGACCCUUCAUGGAUUCAGAGUUUGAGCCUAGCGCAGCGGCCCCCAUGGAUUGAGCAUGAGUAUUGCUUGAAGCGUGCCUUGGAACUUCCUCCACCCAGGCUGCUAUCCAGUCACCUGCCGUUUCAGCUCUUCCCUAAGUCCUUCCUCCACUCCAAAGCUAAGGUUAUCUACACCCUGCGCAACCCCAGAGAUGUGCUGGUUUCAUUCUACCACUUCGCCAAGUUCUGCAAAUUCUGCAAGCACCCUGGAACAUGGGCAGAGUUCCUGGAAGACUUCCUGAGUGGAAAUGUGGUGUUCGGUUCCUGGUUCGACCAUGUGAAAAGCUGGACUGGGGUGAAGGACCGACCCAACGUCUUCUUUGUCACUUACAAAGAGCUCAAGCAGGACAUGCGGGGCACCGUGCAGAAGAUCUGCCACUUCCUCGGUAAGGAGCUGACCUGCCAGCAGCUUGAUUCCGUGGUGGAAAAUGCCUCGUUCCAGAGGAUGAAGGAGAGCAAAAUGUUGCAGCCCUCCCAGUUGCCAGAGCAUAGUUUUGACCUAAUGAAAGGAAGUAUAUUUCGGAAAGGGAUCUGCGGGGACUGGAAGAACCACCUGACGGUGGCACAGAGUGAACAUUUUGACCGUGUCUAUCGAGAGAAGAUGCGGGACGUGGGUGUCACCUUCCCAUGGGAAUAAAGAAGGCCAGACCGUUGCUUAAGCUAUUCUGUGGUC